AUGGAUAAUUCCUCUACAGAUUUUUUGUUUUUGCUUAGUGGACUGAAUGACACAAGGACAAACAAACAAACCUACUUUGCAUUUAUUUUUUUGCUGUACCUCUUGACUCUUUUUAUCAACUUGACAUUGAUUACAAUAAUUUUCUUGGACAAAAUGUUACAUGAACCCAUGUAUUUCUUUAUAUGCAAUAUGUGUGUAAAUGGAAUAUAUGGUGCCUCUGGUUUCUACCCGAAGCUGCUUGCCGACCUUUUGUCAGAUUUUCAUGUUAUUUCAUAUACGGGCUGUAUGACACAAAUAUUUGUAAUUUAUAGCUAUAUGUUCUGUGAAUUCACAAAUCUAACUGUGAUGGCUUAUGACAGGUAUGUGGCAAUCUGUAAACCAUUAGAAUAUCACUCCAUCAUCACCCCUCAAAGAGUGGGAAGAUUAAUACUUCUUAUCUGGCUCUCUUCCCUAUUAGAAACAGCAGUCGGGACCGCACUGACGAUCAGACUGCCAUUGUGUGGAUAUAACAUUGACAAACUUUACUGCUCAAACUGGGCUGUGGUAAAACUUGCAUGCACAGACACAACUUUAAACAAUUUGUAUGGGUACAUCCUGAUGCUUUAUCAUGUCUCUCAAGCCGGCUUUAUUGUGAUUUCAUACAUUUACAUCAUUAGAGCCUCCCUUACAUCUAAGGCAGGGCAGGCGAAAUUCAUGCAAACAUGCUUACCACAUUUAAUUACCCUUAUAAACUUCACUGUCUCCACGAUCUUUGAUGUAUUAUAUGCACGCUAUGGCAACAGCCACAGACUCCAGGCUUUACGCAAUAUCUUGGCUGUGGAGUUCCUUGUUGUGCCUCCACUCCUAAAUCCCAUCAUAUAUGGUAUGAAGUUGACUCUUAUCCGCAGCAGAUUAUUGAAAAUUUUCCAUCACAAAGUUAAUGCUGUAAACUGA